AUGGCUUCUUCUGCUGAAAGCAACAAGGGCAAGGUGUUGCUCACCGGCGGAACUGGCUUCAUCGCUUCUCAUGUGCUCGACAUUUUGCUCGAGGAGGGAUUUGACGUCGUUGUGACCGUGAGAUCCCAAGAAAAGGGCCAGCGGGUCGUUAAAUCGGUGGAUGAGACUGUGGGAAAGAAAGUGUCGUUCGUUGUGGUAGAAGACAUUGCCCAGGAUGGGGCAUUUGACGAGGCUGUUAAAUCAGACCCACCGUUCGAAUAUGUCAUUCACACAGCCUCCCCGUACCAAACCAAAUGGGAGGACCCGGUCAAGGACUGCUUGGAUCCAGCCAUCAAAGGGACCACGGGCAUCCUAAAAUCGAUCCAUGCGUACGCUCCCACGGUCAAGCGUGUCGUAAUCACUUCCUCGUCGGCAGCAAUCCUCAAAAGGGAGAACCACCCCAAGAGUUACAAUGAGUCGAGUUGGUCCGAGGUGACGGAGGAGCAAGCACUCGAUGGGAGAAACACUUACCGGGCGAGCAAGAAAUUUGCAGAACUCGCCGCUUGGGAUUUCAAGGCCAAGGAGUCGCCGUUGUUCGAUCUGGCCACGAUUAACAACACCUAUACCUUCGGGCCCAUCCCGCGCAGUCUCGCGAGCUUGAACACUCUUAAUACCUCCAACCACCGCAUCCGAGACCUCGUCCAGGGUGGCAUGCGCGAGGCUGUCCCCGCGACUUCGCCCCUUUUCACUUUUGUUGACGUCCGCGACGUGGCGCUGGCCCACGUCCGGGCCAUGGCGGUCCCCGAAGCGACCGGCAAGCGGUUCUACAUUGUCGGUGGCUUCUUUUCCAACGCCCGUAUCGCUGAGAUUGUACGCAGCAAUUUCCCCGACCUGGCUGCGAAGGUGCUGCCGCCGAAAGAACAAGUCAAGGACGAUUUCCCAGAGGACCACUGGACCCCGGAUACGACGCGGUCCAAGACCGUGUUGGGGCUCAAGUACACCAGCUUGGAGAAAACCGUCGUUGAUACUGUGGCGUCAAUCAUCAAGUUUGAGGGUGUUAGUGCGUAA